AUGGAGAACAACAGAGACACUGAAAUAGGAAAACUUAAGGAAGAUGAAGAUGAAGAGUCACCAAUUGAGGAAGUAAGGUUAACAGUCACAAACACCGACGAUCCAACUCUUCCAGUAUGGACAUUCCGUAUGUGGUUUUUGGGUCUUGUCUCAUGCUCCCUCCUCUCCUUCCUCAACCAAUUCUUCGCCUACAGAUCACAGCCACUCAUCAUAACACAGAUCACAGUUCAAGUCGCCACUCUCCCACUCGGCAACCUCAUGGCCGCCGUGUUACCUUCAACCACGUUCACCAUUCCUGGUUUCGGGUCGAAGCGGUUCUCGCUUAACCCUGGCCCGUUUAACAUGAAGGAACAUGUUCUUAUUACUAUAUUCGCGAAUGCAGGUUCUGCUUUCGGGUCUGGAUCACCUUAUGCCGUUGGAAUUGUUAAUAUUAUUAAAGCUUUCUAUGGAAGGAGUAUAUCUUUUCUGGCUGCAUGGCUUCUUAUUAUCACCACUCAGGUUUUGGGUUAUGGUUGGGCUGGCUUGCUUAAGAAGUACGUCGUUGAACCUGCUCAUAUGUGGUGGCCUAGUACCCUCGUCCAAGUCUCUAUAUUCCGAACUUUGCAUGAGAAAGAUGAAGACCCUCACAAAUUUUCGAGGGCGAAGUUUUUCUUCAUAGCACUAGUAUGCAGUUUCCUAUGGUAUAUAGUCCCUGGGUAUUUAUUCACAACGCUUACAAGCAUAUCAUGGGUCUGUUGGGUAUUUUCCAAGUCAGUAACAGCUCAACAACUAGGUUCAGGCAUGAACGGUUUAGGAUUUGGUGCUCUUACACUUGAUUGGGCCGCGGUUGCUUCCUUCUUGUUCAGUCCUCUUAUUUCACCUUUCUUUGCCAUUGUCAAUGUUUUCUUUGGCUAUGCAUUGAUUGUUUAUGCUGUGAUUCCUAUAGCAUAUUGGGGAUUCAAUGUUUAUGAUGCAAAUAAGUUUUCCAUUUUCUCAUCUGAUUUGUUCACAGCAGAUGGUCAACUAUACAACAUAUCUGCUAUUGUUAAUGACAAAUUUCAGAUUGAUCUCGCUAAGUAUCAAGAACAAGGUCGAAUUCAUUUAAGUGUGUUUUUCUCUCUUACUUACGGAUUUGGAUUUGCCACUAUAGCAUCCACCAUUACACAUGUUGUUUGCUUUCAUGGAAGGGAGAUUAUGGAGCGGUAUCGGGCUUCAAAAAACGGCAAAGAAGAUAUUCACACAAGAUUGAUGAAAAAUUACAAAGACAUUCCUUCUUGGUGGUUUUACUUGUUGUUAGGAGUGACACUUGUUGUUUCUUUACUGAUCUGCAUUUUUCUAAAUCAUGAGAUUCAGAUGCCUUGGUGGGGACUUCUCUUUGCUUCAGCAUUGGCUUUUAUGUUUACCCUCCCAAUUAGCAUCAUAACUGCUACCACAAACCAGACGCCCGGGUUGAAUAUCAUCACUGAGUAUAUAUUCGGUAUCAUUUACCCUGGAAGACCAAUUGCAAAUGUAUGCUUCAAAACCUAUGGUUACAUAAGCAUGGCACAGGCUGUUUCAUUUCUUAGCGAUUUCAAGCUUGGACACUACAUGAAAAUCCCUCCAAGGUCAAUGUUCUUAGUGCAGUUCAUUGGGACAAUGCUUGCUGGGACUAUCAACAUUUGUGUAGCAUGGUGGUUGCUAGAAUCUGUCAAAAACAUAUGUCAUGAAGAUCUUCUUCCCGAAGGUAGUCCGUGGACAUGUCCGAGUGACCGCGUUUUCUUCGAUGCAUCAGUUAUUUGGGGUCUAGUUGGACCUAAGAGGAUAUUUGGUACUCUUGGAGAGUACUCAGCAUUGAACUGGUUUUUCCUUGGAGGUGCCAUAGGACCAAUACUAGUUUGGCUAUUGCACAAGGUGUUUCCACAACAGUCAUGGAUUCCGUUGAUUAAUCUUCCAGUACUCUUGGGAGCAACCGGAAUGAUGCCGCCAGCAACAGCGUUGAACUACAAUGCAUGGAUUGUAGUUGGAACCAUUUUCAACUUCUUUAUCUUCCGUUACAGAAAGAAAUGGUGGCAGAGAUACAACUAUGUUUUAUCUGCAGCACUUGAUGCAGGGGUGGCUUUUAUGGCUGUGCUGCUUUACUUUGCAUUAGGACUGGAAAAUGUGAGUCUGAAUUGGUGGGGAACUGCUGGUGAGCAUUGUCCUUUGGCAACUUGUCCAACUGCCAAGGGCAUACAGGUUGAUGGUUGCCCUGUCUUCUGA